AUGACGAGAACGAUCAUCGUAACAGGUGCCAAUGGCUCUCUGGCCCUCGCAUAUAUAUCCCAUCUCUUAAAGACCCAUCCAUCAUACACCAUCCUCGCAACAGUCCGCAAUGCAUCUCCCUCCGAUCCCAACACCGCCCAACUCUCCUCCAUCCUCUCAUCAAAUCCCAAAUCCUCCAUCGAAGCUCUCGACCUUUCUCUUCUCUCCAACGUACGAAGCUUCUCCGAAAACACAGCGAAGAGAGUAGCCUCCGGCGAGAUACCUCCUAUAAAAGCUAUCAUCUGCAACGCCUUCACCAUGUCUCUUACAGAGCAGGUUUAUACUCCCGAUGGUUUCGAGAGGACGUUCCAGGUCAAUCAUUUAUCUCAUUUUGUUCUAGUGCUAAAGUUGGUUGGAAGUAUGGCAAGUGAUGGGAGGAUCGUGAUGCUUGGUUCGAAUACGCACUAUACAACUCGUACACAUCCCCUUUUCAAGCAGCGACCUGGUAUUCCAGAGGAUACUGAGCUUUUAGUCAAGCCGUUGCCGGAUAAGAAGGGAAGAGGGCACGAUGGAGGAUUUCAUCGUUAUGGAAACUCGAAGUUGGCUAAUAUCAUGUUCAUGCACGACCUCAAUGCCAGGCUUGAGAAGGUAAGCUAUAGUCAAUACCUGGACAUCCUCAAACUGACGAAUCAGAAUCCCAAACUCUCUGGUAUCACAGCUAUAGCAAUGGACCCAGGCGGCAUGGUCGACUCCCGUGCGCACAGAAUCCAGACGCCGUUCAUGCGGUUUGCUUUUAGUCUUGUGCUUAUAUCACUCCCCAUUCUUCAAUACUUCACCGAUACUAUGCGAACAGCAGCACAGUCAGGUCGAGAGCUGGUAGAGUUGAGCGUUGGUGAGAGAUUCAAGGGCACUAAGGGGUAUUUCAUGGGGGCCAGACGAGAGGAAGAGGAUAUUGCAUGCAAGGAUGUCCAUAAGAGGGAGCUGCUGUGGAAUGCUUGCUGGAAGUGGGCUGGAAUGAAGGAGGAAGAGACUGUUUUGUUGUGA